AUGAAUCCGAACAUGAACCCGGGGCAGAUGAAUCAAGGUUACGGUGGACAGCCAAACAACAUGGCUCCUCAAAUGAUGGGGAACCACUCGCAGAUGCCAGGAGGGCAACCGAUGAUGGGCUCUAAUCAACAACAGAUGAUGCAAAAUCCGCAUAUGGGACAAGGUCAGCAAGGAAAUCCGGGAAUGCCCCAGCAUCAAGCUCAAGUUCAACAAGUGCACAACCAUCAAGGACAGGCACAGGCAACGCAAUCCCACCAGAAUGAACCAGAGGACGCGAUCAGAUCUAUCAAGCAUCUAGCGAAAGAGGACGGCUUCAAGAACUCGCUGACGAAGCUGAUGGAAGUGGCAUCCAAAGCAUUUCUCUCGAAUGCAACGGCUGACAAUAUUCAAUCGAUGGAAACUGAACAAAAGCAGAGAGGUUGUGGUACAGAUCUGAGAAAAGAUCUGGAAGAAGCAUUCGAGGAAUUCUAUCACAACACCGACUUGAUGGAGUCCAACAUUCGUCUCGCUCUGCAGCAAUGCCUCAACACGCUGCAAGUCAUUCAAACUAUCGCUCCUAGCCACGUGAACUUCCUCAUUCCGCAGCGACAGCCACCAAGUACAAACGCCGCCAUGGAUUUCAAAGAGUACAACAAAUUCGUUGAGAUCGUCAAAGAGCAGAUUGAGUGUGCGAAAGAGACAACGAAAAUUCUUCAAGAGUCCCAUCGUGACCUUCAUAAGGUUGGUAGUAACUUCCCAAUAAGACGCCCACAGCCAAAUCAGCAGCAGCAACAGCAACAGAUGCCGCAAGGUCAGAUGCAGCAGAACCGUCCAGGCACACCGGGCCAGUCGUGA